AUGGUGCACCCCUACCACAUUCUGCUGCUGCUGAUGAUGAUGAUGCUGUACCUUAUACCACUGCACUGGGCCUGCACCAACGGCCAUGUCAAGUUGGUGAAGAUGCUGUUGAAGCACGGUGUUGAUGCUCAAGCCACGACCAACGAAGGGGAAACACCACUGCACUCUGCCUGUGGUAACGGUCAUGACAAGGUGGUGGAGAUGCUGUUGAAGCACGGCGCUGAUGCUAAAGCCAAGAACGACCGCAGUCAAACGCCGCUCCAUCUAGCCUGCGCUGUCUCAUCUGCCGGCCGAAAGAUUAUCCACCAACUCUUACAGAAUGGUGCCGACCCAGAUGCGAGAGAUCUUAAGGGUGCACGGCCCUUGGAUCUGCUCCUUCACAGGGACUCGAUCGAGCUGGAGCUGAUUGCAGAGCUAUUGCGCACAACCCGUACUCCUUGCUUCUACCAAACUUCGGAUGCCGAUGCGUCGGCUGGCGCAUGGAUCCUCAAUCGUUCAAUAUCCAAGAUCUACAAACCCUUUGUGACUGCCAGGCCGCUCAAGCUGCACCUACGAAUUGAAAAGGUCCAACAACCACCGCAAAAAGAGCGAGAAACUGCCUCGUCUUCAUUCGCCACGACAUCGAAUAAUGACAAUGGUGUCUCGGUAGUGGCGGCUGCGGCGUGUUCUAAGGGCUCGGUGAUCAAUGCCACCGCAAGACAGCUAAACAGUCAGCACCAUCACGAGCACGAUCAGCCGCAUCACACUCGCUCCGGCUCGCCCGAGGAGUCACUGGAGAAAGCGUGA